AUGGCUCCGAAGCUCGACACCAAAGAGGGAAAAAAAGAAAAAAAUAACCUUCCACCACACAUCCACAUCAACCAGGCUGGCCAAUGGGCCCCCCACACUACCACCCAAGCCGAUGAAUUCCGAGUCUUCGCUUUUGGCCCCAACCUGACAGCCUUGAGGCUCCAACGAAAACUUUUCGGCGCUACAUCAGCAAACGACCUACGCGGCCUCUCCGUGUGA